AUGGGGUUUUCGGACAUUCUGAAGCCUUUUCGCCGAGAGUUCAAGUUCCAUUCGCUCAAGACAGAGAGUCACGACGGCUAUGAGGAAGACAUUGAGUCAGAGGAGCUCUUGACAAAGAGGAGUCCAAACGAACGAGGUCCCUCGACCGCUUGGAUCUACCUGACAAUUGCAAACGUUGGCAUACUGAGCAUCACUGUCUCUCUAAUCCUCAGUGGUAAGGGCAGUUUCUCGAAGGAAGAGAAAAAUGCCAUUCUUAGGCCAGUGUCAUGGUGGUCACCCGUUCUAGAUGACAUAGAGGUCCCCAGCUACACCACAAUGCUGAAUGGCACGUUCUUUCCUCUACCAGAGGUCUCGAUCGCCCGAGAGGAGCCCAGCGCUGCAAACGACGCCGCUUGGGCGAAGUAUGAGAAGGUCUUGACCCAUGUUGUCACCCGAGAACAGGUUCUGAAGCUAGGCAAAGAUCCUGAAACAAUAGCUCGGUUUGAUAAUGAGUAUUGGGGCUUCGGCGAUGAUGCGUACAUGGUUCAGCUCGAUGUGAUGCAUCAAAUCCACUGUCUGAACAUGUUGCGUAAAGCUGCUUUCGCCGACUAUCCAGGCUAUGAACCUGAAAUGGAACACAAAGACAAAUUCGGGUGGAUUCAUCUUGGCCAUUGCACUGAUCUACUGCUGCAAAACAUUCAGUGCAAUGCUAAUACAGAGGUACUGACUCUGGACUGGGUGGAGGGCCGUCAGGCUCCAUGGCCGGAUUUCAGUGUGAAUCGCAAAUGUCGGGACUUCAAUGCGUUGGCAGAGUGGCAGCAUGAGAAUGCUGUUGACGCCGACAAGUUCGACGCGAUGCAUGCUCCCAAGGACGCCUUCGUGUGGCCAGCCCCAUGGAAAAAACAAGACUACGAACUAGGCGUGAAGUUGGGUGACCAUCAUAUGCAGGAAGGGCAAGUUCUCGGGGACCCACACCCACAUAUGCCUCAUGACCAUCAGUAAUCGGAGAAUCAGUUAUUGUAUUAAUUUUCACGGUGGUGCAGAAACCGGAUAUGAGUGAAUCAAGUAUCACGUUUGGCUU